AUAUAUGUACACAAUCAUAUAUAUAUAUACAACUAAUGUCGUCAGUAUCGUUAUUUUUGGAAAACAUUUUCACUUGUGGAAAGUAGUUUUACUGGAAAAGAAAACGUUUCCAAAUACAUAAACAAAGAAAAGAACAGAAAAAAAAAGCAAAAGCAAAAGAAAAAAGCUUUCGUGACUUAAGCGUUCGAAAUCAUUUGUCAUGAUGAAGCACGACGUUAACCCUAAGGUCUCAAAACCCAUACCGAUUACUAAUACGAGCAAAGAGAAUUUAAAGAAAAGCUUAUGGAAAUCAAAAAGCUCCUCGGAUUCUUCCUCCGGUCCGAAGAGUCCAAUAGUUAAGGCAUUUGAUUUUCUAACAUGGUCACGUGGCCGCAAAUCACUGAAAUCGGAAACGAAAUCCAAUACACCGACGGAUGACAAAAGCGAUGCUUUAGUUAAUUUAAAUUACCAGCGUAACAUAUUUCGCAAUAGUGGUGGCAUUAUACGUGACCUUUUAACCGAAAAGCUGAAUAAAGAUGAGAAAUCGCCAAAAAAAUCGAAUACGCGUAGAGCGCGUCAGGUUGUUUCACGUAAUAAAAGUUUAGAUAUCAACGAACUUAUAAAUUGCGUUGAACAGGAAUUGGCCGAUAAAACGAAUCAACGUUUUCUCGAUGACACCUUUAUUGAGAAUAUUAUGCGCGCGAAAGAGGUCUAUCAGCGCAAAUGGGAACAGGAACAACAGUCCACGGCAACUGCCGAUGUCGAAGAAGAAGAAGAAGAUGGUUUAGCUUUUUCCGAUGAAGAAGACGCCUAUUUCUAUCAACAGCAAGAGGAAUUGGCAAAGUUGUAUAGCCAUACGGAGCUUGCGAAAUGUGAGGGAGGAAAGGAGAAAAGUGCUGCUGCCGCUGCCGCUGCUGCUGCUGCUGCUAUUGGAAUCAUGGAAAACAAUAUUGGCACAAGCACGGGCAGUGCUAAUGGGGGUAGCGGUAAUGCCUCUCCUAAGCACAUACUAUUCAACGAUGAAAACAUCGUCUAUUUAAUUAAAAAAGAAAUGCCCGUAAGCAAAUCAUUAGAAGGCAAAGCCAAAGCUUUGAAAAACUGUGAUAAAGAACGCAAACAACAUGAGAACAUUUUAAAGGCUCGUCUGAAGUUUAAAAAACUUUUACCGGAUAAUACCAGCAAUGAAAAAGCCAAUGACAUUAAAACUACAAUACUGAACAAUUGUCGUGUCACUACCAGUUUGAAUACAACCACAAACUCAAACUCGACUAAUACCAAUUCUUCUUCUUCUUCUUCGACUAUACAGAGACGUAGUAUUUUGCAGAGGCAAAACACUAAUCCCGAACAAUAUAGCUAUAAUUUGUACGCGAACAAUAUAAGUCCAGAGUUCGCACGAAGACGUUCCCCAUCAUCUCAACGUUAUCAAGCGCAGGCCAAUGUUUCAACGCGGUACUCCUCACCAAAUCGUCAGCGACGUAAAUCGCUAACCGAGGGUUUGGGUUCCUAUGAACGUCCCAACUCUACCGUUUUAUAUGAUAAUAACGGCAACUCUAGUACCAGCAGUAUGGGCAGCGGCAGUGCUAGCGGUGGCGGAGGUGGUGGUGGUGGUGGUGGUAGUGUUGGUGGCGGUGGCGCUGCUGGUAUAUUAAGCGAACAUCCAAAGUCCGAAAAACCACGUAAAAAAUUAUCAUUUCGUGAACCGAUAGUUGCUGAAAAGCGACGCUGUCGUCGCCCAAGUUCUGAAACAAUGAUUUCAUCUCCGUCAAAUCAUAAUUUAAAUAAUUCAAGUAACAAAAACUAUAACAAUAACUCAAAUCAAAGUUGUGAAAAUUUAUACAAUAACAACAAACAGCGGCAUGCAACUACAUCUGAUUAUACGACCCUGACCGCCCAAGAAGACAUAAUGCAGUCUCAGGCAAUGCGUAUUGUACGCACCGUAGGUCAGGCUUUUGAAGUAUGUCACAAAUUUAAUAUCCAUAAAAAUCCCCUUGAUCACAAUGAAGACCGUUCCGAUGUUUCGUCGUCAGAACUUUUGGAUGUAGAAACACGUUCUGAUCACCAGAUCAGCGAUGAUGAUGGACAUAAUAAGAAGGAUCAUUUAGUCGUCACCCCAGAUUUAAGUCUACCAUCACAGAGGCCCAGUCAUUUGGAGUUAGUGCCACAAACUAAUUUAAGUAAAUCCGGCAGUUUAAUCACUGACGAGGACAAAUCGUCCAUUAACGGUAUGCCAUCAUCCCCCAGCCGUGAGAUAAAUAAACUCAAAGACCAACUAGAACAGCAGGCGAUGCAAACGCGGCAAGCUUUAGCCCAAUUAAUGUUAGUGAGAGAGCAACUCAUAACAGAAACGAAUGCGCGUAUUGAGGCCCAGGCACGUACUCAACAGCUGUUGCAACAAAAUCGUGAACUAUUAGAACAUUUAGCUUCACUAGGGGCUUAUAAUGAACAGCAAGCAUCGGGUCUUACCACCGCUAAUAUUGGUAUAGCACCACAGCUCUCUUCUACCGCUAAGGUGGCCCGUUGGUUUCAACAAUUACCCUGGCAUACGGCUUCUUUAUCACGUCCCGAAAGCGGUUUUGUAUCGGGUGACUCACGUUCCGAAAAAUUUCAUGAAGAUCAACAGUAUUUUUGUGCCAAAGACACCGAUGAUUUGUGCGAUGAGUUCCUCUUGGUCGAGGGCAGCAGUACUAUAUGGACAAAGUUAAGUGCUAAAAAACGGAGAAAAUUGUUAGGUAUGCGCUUAGGUAAGGUAACUACAUUUUGAAUGCAGCUAAACUAUGAUGAAAAGGUCUAAAUGCAUCAAAAUACAAAAUAUAUCAAUUCAAUAAUCAUAAGAGAGAAGUUAUACAUAUAUAAAUUCGACCAUUAACAUAGUAUUUAAAUUUAAUUUUAAAAAAAAACAAAAAAAAAAAAAAAAAACAUCAAGAACACAGCUAUUGAAUGAUGUUUUGUAAUACAUUCAUUAUAUAUUAAGAUUUAGUUAAAGGGUAACGCUAUUGUCAAUUUUUUAUUAAAUUUGGUUUAUAAAUGCCUUAAAUCGUCUAGAAUAUGGGAGAUAGAAAUUCGUUGCUUGGAAGAAAUUUUUUGCCUUGAAAAUCCCGAUUCCCCAAAAACUGCCUAUGUUCGAUGGCUUUCGUAGAUUGGAAAGUUACAGCCAAAUGUAUUUUCUAGAAUAAUUUGAAAAUUUCCUUAAUUCACUGGCAGACAUCUUUAGAAAGUUUUUAUACUUAUUGCAAAGCAUUUGCACACAAAAACAUUUGACACACAUACCUUUGGAAUCGACAUAAACCUGAAAGCGAUUCGUAAAGAGUGAAUUCUUCUCCUGAGAAAUUAUAAAAAAUUCUUUAAAAAUUUUAAACACGUAUAGUGCACACCGUAUGCCGCUAGCGUUGACCUGCUGUGGCAACACCCCCUAGCGUCUUCUGCCAGAAAAUCUGUGAAUAUGGAGAAUCAGAAGGAAUACUUUACGUUGGAAGAGCAUCGCAGUGCAUUAAUAAAAAUGAAUAACAAACUUAUAAAAAAAAAAUGAAAAAUAAAAAUGUGUCGACGACGCAUAUUAAAACUUUAAGCGCCUGUUUCCCAAAAAACCGGUUCAUAACACAAUUCGCAGAGUCUUCGUUCUCUUCAUUCCAAUUUCCUACAUGCGAGACGAAGCGAUUUUUAAAAAGUUCAUCUAAUUAUUAUUUAUUAAUUUUCACUCUGCCCUGGCUAUGCAUAGAUGUAAUGGGUUAAGUAAUUUCAUAAAACGUAGAUUCAAGUCUUCAUCAACUACGUGCAUUGCGUGCCACCGAGCUUUUAGAAGCAAAUAUGCCUCGCGACAAUGGCUUCAAUGUUGCUCCUUUUUAAUAAUUUCUCAAAAAUUAUUAUUAUGUUUUUUGAAAACCUAAUAAACGCAUUAAUCAUUUUUUCCAUAGUAAAAAAAAAAAAAAACAAACAAUUUUAAUAUAAAAUUAAAUUAAAAAUUAAAUAACAAUUAAAAUAAUGCAGUGGUGUUACCCUCUAAAUAAGUUUUCUCAUUUUCGUUGGAAAACUUGAAAAUGUAAUGGUAAGCGAUAGCAAACUGAACAAAAUUGUAAGCAUUUAUUGUACAAUGCGCUAUACGGGCUGUUAUGUAAUAGUCAUAAGGUUCGUAUUACAAUUUUUAAUAACAAAAAAACAACAACAAAACGAAUAUUUUUCCAUUACUUUAAUGCACAAACGAGUGGUUUGUUUCGUAAAUGACCAAAGCCUAUAUUCAGAAAAAUCCAAGCUAGUUAUCGGAGUAUAUAUGUCUGCGUCAGUAACAUCUUUCGUUCGGAAGUAAUUCGUAUCCCAACUAAAACAUGUUGUAAAACGUUUUUGUAUAGUCAGUCUAUUACCAUUGCACAUACCAAAAAGAGGUAAAUUCAAUGACCUACAUAAAGCGGUUGUGGAUAGACCGCAAAAUUGCGGCUCACAAAUGCUUCCAGUAGCGGAUAACCGCUAAUAAUUUAAUUCUCUUUGUACAUUUUUGCUACUGCUAAAGCAACGCUCGUAAAACAAACAUCAGAAAGAGAUGAAAGAGACAACGAGAGAGAGAGAGAGAGAGAAACAGUGAAAGAAAGAGACAAAGAGAGGGGGAAAAGUCUAAGAGUCUGAAAGUCUAUCUGUGUUAUUUAUAGAUGAGUAUCGCUUAAUACAAUUUUUUUUUAAAAAUCCAAUGACAUAACACAUGCAUGUAUUAAAUCCUACUUAACAUUGCGAAUUCAAAAGACAUGAAAGUAUUGAUUAUUUUCACAAUGAAUAUUCCAAAUAUCCCACCACCACCACCACCACCAAGCGCAGUUCAAAAUAUUCCAAACUGUAAUAUAUUCGUUCAAUGACAGUCAAUGUUGCAGUUCAGAGUACCAAUAAUAUAUAUAUCGCGAAUGUGUAAAGGAGAGAGUAACUAAGCGCGCACACAACAUAGUUUUUUCGAAUUUCAUACUGAUCGGGUAGUAUGUCGAAAGAGACAUCAUCUGGGCCGUGCGAACGCG